GUCAUUGGUUCCUUCCUCGUCCCAGUUGAGAAUCCAAGAUGGAGUCCAUCCAGAGAGUGGGAGCGGCCGGGAUGUUAGAAAACCAUCGCGUUUUGUACAAGUGUAAGGACUACAGACUGCCUCUGUGUGAGCUGUACUUCUGCAGACACUGCCUCAAGCUCCGCUCUAAGGACUGCGUGUCGCACGAGGUGGACUCGCACUACUGUCCCAACUGUAUGGAGAACAUGCCGUCAGCUGAGGCCAAACUCAAGAAAAACAGGUGUGCAAACUGUUUUGACUGCCCAUCCUGUAAGCACACCCUGUCCACACGUGCCACCAGUGUGCUGGUUCCCAGCGCUGACGAUCCCAACAAGGCCGUAGCGAAGAAGGCGUACUACCUGGCCUGUGCCUUCUGCCGCUGGACCUCGCGAGAUAUCGGUCUGAAGGACCAGUCUGUUGCCAGUGGAGGAUGGGAGGAACAAGAAAAUCCCAAUGCACAAAGGAUCUCGGAGCUGGUGGAGUAUUACAAACAGGUGGCACAGAAGGAGAAGUCAGACAGGGAGAGGAAGAAGUAUGCCAAAAGCAGGAUCCGUCUUCUGGGCAUGUCUGGUAAAUAUGCCUCACAAAGUGCCCGUCGUCAUGCAUCUCUCACUUCUAUGCAAAACCUCAGAAUCAGCGCCCCUGACGCUGACAUGUCACUCUUGAAGGAGGAGGAGCAGAAGCUAGUGAAGAUCACUCCAAAUAUGGCAGUGGAGGAGGUGGAGGGGUUACCUGAGGACAUCUACACCACACCCAUCAACCUGGCACACAAAGGCAGUGCCCAGGCAUCCACUGGGACAGUAACCUCCAUUGCCCAGCGGCUAUCCCAGCCAGAUGAACAGCCGACCCUCACCAACAAGCUCUACCCCAUUCACAAGCACCUCCUGGUCAAGAGGUCACUCAGGUGCAAGGAGUGUGAACACAACCUGAGUAAACCUGAGUUCAACCCUGCCUCCAUCAAGUUUAAGAUCCAACUUGUUGCACUGCACUAUGUACCAGAGCUCCGUAUCCUGUCUAUCCCUAACCUAUACCACCUAAAGGAGAGUGUUGUCCUGCUGUCCCUUAUCAAUCCACUUGAAGAGAUGACCAAUGUCACCCUGUUGGGUUGUGAAGAGGGGGACCCUGAAGACAUUGACAGUACAGCAAAGAUCGUCCUGCCCAGCCAGGAGUUGAUCCUGUCUGCCCGUGAUGAUGCUGCAGAGUAUGAUGAAGGAGACAACGUCAUGGAUUUCAAGGAUGAUCCUGAGGUGGUGAUCUUCAGAAAGGCCAACAAGAUCAGCUUUGUGGUGAAGGUCACACCGAUGAAGGCUGUAGGAGAUGUGAAGAUUGCCUUCAAGAUGAAGUACAACUACAAGAACAUCACGACUCCUCUAGGCUCUAAGGAGGAGAAGGAAACUCCAAUGGUGGUGCUAGAGCAUCAUGUAGACGUCAACCUGGGACAAGUUAUACCUUCUUAAGAAGUCUUAAUGUUAGGAGUUGGUCUUUAUUUGUCAUAUGCCAUAUGUAGACUAGCAUGUCAUUGAGUGAAACUGCAUUGUAAAAGAUACAAGAAUUGGUUUUUGCUUGGACUUGUUGCAAAACAAAUGUUGAGGAGGGGGCAAAUUUGAAAUGGCACUCUUGUAAUACUGAAAUAUUAAGAGAAGAAUAUUUGCUAUAUAUAAUCUAGAGAUCCAUAGGUAAAAAAAUUACAGUAUGUCUGUCUCUACAAAUGAAACAGAUGAAAUGAGAACAUUUUGCAGUGUAAGUAAACCAAAGGAACACAAAGAUUGCAACAAGACUUUAAAUAAUGACAAGGUUUUAUCAGAUUCUACUCCAGGCCGACCAUUUGGAUGAGUGGAUAGAACAUGAAUUGUGGCAGACUUCCCAAACCAACAUGUGGUGCUUACUUAUCUGAAUCAUAGUGGAAGAAAACUGGGGAUGCCCCAGUUCAGCACCCACUGUGCUAAUGUGGUACAAACCCUAGUCACUGCUAAUGAUUGAUUUAAAGCAGAAGUGAUAUACAUUGUAUGAAUAAGCUGUGUAAUGCAAAUGUGGCCUUUAGUUGAUGUGUAUAUGUAUUCAACAAUAUUUGACCUCUGAGUCUGACAGUCAACGUUGACCAUGGUAUAAAAUCCUAAUUAACAUCAGUCCUACAUCAUGGGCUUUGGCCAGUCCUAUUCGAGAAUGACCCUCUCUGAUGCAUAAAUCACAUCUGUAAGCUGACUCAGGUCUAUUUCAAAGCUCUUGAAUGUGGAUCAGCUUUUCUUCUGCACUACGCAUCAGUCUACCUUCCCCUGAUUUUAGCUGCCUGGAUCCAACUAAUCUAAGUGUACAUGUUUUGAAGGUCCUUGAUACAACAAAAUGCCUGUCAUGAAAUCUCUUGCUGCAGUGUUAGGAAGGAAUCAUUAGCAUUAUUUACCCGAUUUUGCACAGUGCUUAGAUAUACAAAAUAUUGCAUUGGCUUUGAGAAUACUGAACAAAUAGUAUACAAUGAAUCUAGUAUUGACAAAUCAAAGGUUAUAAAAUCAUCUGUUACAUUCAAUUGUCUCUGAUUUGUAACUGGUGUCUGUAGUUGUUAGCAUCACAGGAACACUGGUAAUAGGGGUGUCAACAUGCCAAAGCACUGUAAA